CCUUUUCCUUCCAAGCUCUCAAUGCGACAACAAAACGAUUCCACAGAGAGAAAAGGCGGCGAGCCGCCAUCGUAGGUGACAUGUUUUUUUAAGCAAGCUUUUUUGUAGUAGUAGAUGUGUGUGUUUCGUCAUCCCUUCUUAAAUAUUCGCUGAAGGAUGGGGUGGUGGCAUUUUGCUGCAUCUUGGUAGCAAACACACACAUACCAUGGGUAUAAUUUCCUGCAACAUUUUAUUUUAUGAGCACAACUGAAAAGCUUCCCCUCCAAGUUUGACCAGCAACUUUUACACAUUUCAAUCUGAAAGAAAAGUCAAUCUCCAGCCUAAUUUGAACUAUCACAAAUAUCUUUUACUAAACCCUCUUACUAUCUACUACCAAUCAAGCUUAAAAAGGCGAUGCUCAUCAUUACAUUUUUUUUUGAAAAAAUCAAACAGAAUGUUUUGAAAACGAAUACCAGAUUCUGUGGCAAUGAUGAGUAAGAGAAACGGGUGUUGCAACCCGCGCUCAGCGCACACUCAAGGGUGCACACCCACUCAUCGGACUGUUCAAUUUGGCUGCUGCUCCCCUCAACUGCGCACUUCUCGUGAACUCGGCUCUCCUCCUCAACUGCUUACUCUCUGCUGAGGAGCAGCAUAGCAUGAAGUGUGUGCAGCUGGUUGAUAGUUGGUUUCAGGGACCUUUUGUCACAGGUCUGGAGAAUAAGUAUCAACUCCAUUUUAAAUAUGGAGUUGAUUUACUGAAUUCUUUACCCAUGAAAUUCAGUGUGGCAAAUUGUGAAGGUGAAAUGGAGACUCAAGUGCCAGAGCUGCAGGAAGUGUGCUAUCCUCCAUCUGAUACAAAGUGGCGUGGCUUAUCCAAGCUAACACCUACUGAAUCACCUGGAUGGGGGCACCUGAAAGUGGAGCUUGAUUUGCAGGCCAUGAUGGAGGAAGACUCAGCCCCAAAGUGCCGACGAGAUCUCUACCUCGCCUUCACACAAUGUGCAGCCAAAGAGGCUGGUGACAUUAAUAUGCAUCGCACAGAACCUUCAAGCGGACCCUGUGACAUGGACUCCCUGUAUGAAGAGACCAACGAUUCGGACUCAUCAUCAAUACCGAAACCUGAAGACCGAAACUUAGCCCGACUCAUUGCAAAGUUUGAUAGCAGUAUUGAGGCACUUUGGAAUCCCGAGGAUGUCUCUGAAAUGGUUGAAGACUUGCGAGAUGAGGAGAGUGAUGAUCAUUUGACAGUGUCUCCGAUUCCCAUGGACAUGCACGGUAGCAAGCAGAACCUCUUCAUAGCUUGUGGCACCAAUAUUACAAGUUCCAUCUGGUCCAGCCGGCCAUCCCCUGAAGAACCACUUCGUGAGGAGUGGAGCAUGCCACUCAAUGUGAAAUGGUCUGAAGGUGAGGCAAAUCCUUGCUUUGACAGUCUAGUGGCUCUUAAUCAUAACCGUGAAGACAGCAGCUUUACAGAGGUUAUACCAAGGACACUUAAUUUGAACCGUGAAGCUCAGCCACUUGUUCCUGUUGCUCAACCACUUCCACCUCCUCCACCUGUACAGCCAGAAUCUGGAAAAGAAGAGGAGGAUCUUUUGACAUCAGCUCGCACACACUUCAUUCCUAUACGACAAGAACAAGCUCCUCGUCAACAUCAUCAGCAGAUCACAAAUUAUGCUGAUGGCACUACCUUUGCAAUCCCUACAAGUUUGGACCGCAUCGCAUUUACUAGAAGUGACAGUGGAACAUUGUAUCUAGAAGAGGAAGCAGAUAUGGACUCCCCACCAAAAUACAUGGAAUUCAAAAUGAAAGAAUUUAACAAAAACAGUUCUGCUGAAAACAAUAACCUGGAAGAUACUAUUGAUUUUAUUCCGAAAUUCCGUGUCAGUCAAAAUGAGAAGUGCUGUCAAACAGAGCAGGAUGAGAUGUCAAUGGACACCACACAACAAUCAAGCAGCAAGCAUAAUUUCACUGGUGAAGAGUUUUAUUUUCCUGGUGAUGAACAUCUCUCAUUAGAAGCAGAAGAAGAAGAAAUUUGUCAAGCCAUGUAUGGGAAUUGUAGUGAGAAGGCCUCAGGUCCUGCAUGGAUACCAGGGUGGCCAUCAAACUGGCAAGAAAAGAGGGCUUCACCUCAGUCCUGGUACCACAUCUGGAGUGAUGGAAAUGGAUGCUUGGAUUGCUCUCGACCUCCUGAAUCCCAUAAGAGCCAACUGCGCCGUGAGCUGAGCGAAGAUGGCGAGCAACUCCUGUCUGACCUGAGUUCUUUACUUGAUCAGUAUGGGGGAGUCUUGACCGAAAUAAAUGGCAACAAAUGUGACCACCCAGAAAAAAUGGCUGAAUAUACAAUUAACUACAAAAUUGUGAAGACAGGGUCUUUAUCAAACAGUGGAACUGCUCAAAAGGAGAGAAAGAGACGCUACUCGUCAAGCCAACGCGUGUGCAGUUUGUUCCUGGAGGGCAAUUGCAGGCGUCCACAUUGCCGCUUCUCUCACGACAUGGCUUCCAUCCCAUGCCACUUUUGGGCGGAUGCUUCUUGUCUCAAGGGUGGGAAGUGCCCUUUCCUCCAUGGUGGCCGCCCUGUGACCCUGUGAAUCUGUUGCCACAGCUCUGCAGCUUCUGAAAAACACAAUGCGAUGCUUUGUUAAUGAUUCUGAUACAAUUCUAAUGUGGCCUGUGUUGUACUUUGGGCCUAAGAAAGCUUCAGGUUUUGUCUUUUUAAAUUCAAACUCAGCUCUGUUUUGCUUUUAUUUCAUUCAUCACUAUUGCAGGUGUUGUCUAUAACAGCAAAAGAAAAAUAAUUUUAUUAUUACCCAUCUGACAAGUUGUUUUAUUUUGAAUAGAAACUGCAGUUCAUUAUUUUACUGAUAUCAGACUGUUUGUUUACAAACCUGAAGCUUUCCAUUACAAGAACAGGGAUAUAUCCCUAUUGUAAAUUAGUGCUUCUGUGGAGUCGUUUUUUUUUUCUUUUUUUUUUUUUUUUUUCAACAUACUUAGUGAAGAGUAUGUUGGUCUCUUUCUUUUCCUCAUUCUUUCAAAAAUCCUAUUUCAUUGAAGAACUCAAUAUGGGUCGUUUGACAUUUGAAUUGUGGUUUAUUUACAACAGACCCUGCAUCAACUGUAACACUGGUACUCUACAUUUGAACCACUUGUGAAGAGUCUAGAGUUUCAAUGAAGCUUUUACUUAACCUCUGUACUUCUGUACCUCUGUUCAAACAUCAUUCAAAAACUAUACCUUUCAAAUAUUUUUGAAGGAUCGAAUGAGCCUGAAAAUAAAUUUUGCUUUCAGAGUUUCAAGGAGAAAGUUUUUAUGUAGAAUGUGAACUUUUCCUAAAGUUUACAUGGUUUAUUUUGGUGAGGUUGCUUUUAAACCUCUCAGUAAGGCAUUGUUAUCUUUUGUUGUCAAUGUAGUGUAUGGUGCUAGUGGAUGGUGGUCAUGGCAGCAUGGAUUAGACCAGCAGGCUGGUCUGGGUCUGUUGUCUGGUUAUAGAUAAAAAAAAGAUUAAAAUUGUAGUGCAUUUCUCAAAUUUGCACAACAAGGGAAGCAUAUUUAGAAAAAAUAAUUUGCGUUGCAAAUAAAACUUGUGUGUGGUGAAAUAUAUUGUAAAAAAAAAGCUACACACUUAAUUACACUGUUGUUCUUCUCCCUUUGUUCAUAGUGCAUGUGACUAUGACAUAAUUAGUGUGCCUUUUGGUUAAUUAACAUUGCUCUUACUCAAAGUUUUGUUGUUCCUCUUCUCUCUCUCUUCCCCUUUUCUUGUUGUACUUCCUAGUGAAGAUUUAGACCCUUUAGCAUUUUCACAAAUGCUUUCUUUUGUUUCUUAUUUUUUUUUUUUUACCUCUGAGGUAUAUCUAGAUGCAAAUUUUGUUUAUCAAAACUGAAGUUUCUUCAUUUACAAAAUGAUUUGAUUCAUUUUGUAGCAUUGAUGUAUGUAUCUGAUUUGAUGUUCCAAGCUCUGAAUUUGGAUCUAGUGUUCCUUACUGAACAGUUUUCUGUGUAAAACGUUCUUUGCGAUCUUCUUUAUUUGGGAUACUGUUUAAGUCCAGAAAGAGUUCAAAGAACUGUAACAAGUUGUGUUUGAACCUUAUAAUCUCUGUUUUUAAUUUAUGGAACUACUUUUACUAUCCUUUUAAAAAUUAUUCAAAAACUUCUAUGAGCUUUUGGACCAAUUUGAUGUUGCAAUAUUAAACAUGGUUACCUCCAGUCGUGUGCACCAGAAUGUUCACUCUGUUAAACUUAUUAAGGCAGUGAGUAUUGGAAACUUCUAAAAGAAAAAAAAAUAGAUAGAAUUUUGUGCAAGUUUAAAAAAAUAAAAUAAAGAUGAACAUUGUUUUCUUUAGUAUAUAUUUACCCUUAGGAUGGGUAAAAGUAAGUUUGCUGAUUAAUUUUCUAUCUAUUACAGAAAUUCUUGUGUACCAUUACUGCACUUUCAAAAAAAUUAUUCCAUAGACUUGUGUAUUUGUGUGGAUCUAAUGGUAACUUUAAGCACAAUGAAGUAUUGUGAGUUCUUGUCAAUUUCAUACAAAGCAAAGAAAUUCUAACAAAUCUGAUUGUAGUAUUAUUUAUUUUUAAACUUCAUAGCAGAUAGUUUUUCUCCAGCUGAAUGUUUAAGCAUGCUGUGUAGAUUUAUAACUGAGUGACACCAACUGAAACAUCAGGACAAUACAACCAACCUUUCUUUUAGGAUGGUUUUCCGUAGUCCUGUGGUUCAGCAACAGCUAUUUGUUUGUUCAUUAUGGGUAUUGCAGAAGCUUUCUAACUUUCAGGAAUUUUGUUUUUAUUAUUUAUAAAGUGCUUUUGUUAAUAAGCUCAGGCAUCUUACUAAUCUUGUCAAAAUUCUCAUAUAUCUUUUGGUACUGUACAACAGUAGCUAUUUUAACUGGGACGAAUGGCUGCUAUAUUAGUCAGCCUCUUUUGGCAGAACUCAAUAUCCAAAGAAAAGGGCAAUAUCAUUGUAUAGUAUCUUUCUUGUGAAGGAGUGAGUAGUCACUUUAGUUGGCUAUCUAACAAUUUGUCGAAACAAGUGAUGAAUAUAUUAGCCAUGAGUACAUCUGUACCAAUUUUUUUAAAAAACAAUAAAAAAAAAUGUAAGAGCAGAUUUAAUCUGCCUAUUAUGCUUUUCACUUUAACCACAGUAACAACUCAAACCACUAUGUUUUGUGUAUUGAGAUUAGGUUACUGUAGUGGUGAGAGAUAGCAAUAAUUUAAUAAGAAAUGCUUAGAUAUUUAAUGAAGAUUUUAAAAUUUACAUCAGAUGGUACCCAAGGAUAUAAAUAUUUCUUUCCAGCUCUAGUGUUUUGUGCCUAUCUAAUAUAGGAUCUUUCUUAAAACAUGGGACAUGGGCUUGCUUGCACCUGGUUGGGAAAGCAAAGAUAUCCAACCCACCCACCAUUUCAGAAUCAGAGACAGUACUUUUUAUUUUAUAGCUGAUGAUAUUUUGUUUCUCUUGCCUUUUCUAACUAAUAUUUCUUGGCAUUCAUCAUCCCCUCCCAUUGGAGAAACCAAGGCUCUUCAUAUGGCAGAACAGAGUAGACUUGAAUUGAAGAGUUAAUAUUGUUCCAUAUGUAAGUGCCUAAUUGAUCAAUCUUUUACUUUACGUAUGUCUAUGUGCCAAUGUUCCGGCAAAUAUACAUACACUCAGUGUGAGAGCUUAUGCAUUUCACAGAUUCUAUGAGGGAGGAUGAUAUAUCCUCACUCUGUUUCUGCUUUUCUCUUAUUGUGGUUAAAUACUAAAGCAUGCAAGAUGGUGUUUUCGAUAGGGCGGGUAUGGCCGAAAAUUUCAGCCCGACCCCAUCCAAAACAGCUUCGGGCGGGCUAUAGUGAGACCAGUUUAAGGUCUCGAUUGGGCGCCGUUAAAAUCCCUAUGCUGCCUGCGCUUUUUCAGUCGAGACCUUCGGCUGGUGAGGGUAUAAAAUUUUGGGCCAUACCCGCCCUAUCAAUACACUAACGCAAGAAGCAGGGAAUUCUUUAAAGCAGCAUGGUAUAAUUUUCAUAUGUGCCAUCAUAUUGCCCUUUCCAACUGCAAUUUUCUAGUUCAACCUUAUAAACAAAAAGAAUUACUUUUUAUUUUAGUUCUGUUUGCCCCCUUGUUUAAUUUCACAUGUUCUGUUACACUGUACUUAAAAGUAUAAAAUGUUUGCAAUUGUUAAGAGUUUAACAUCAGCCUAGUAUCUACCACUGAGGAUUUAUAUAAAUUGUGAAAUUCUCUGUUUCUACGUAAUUCUCAAACCGCCUCAAGUUCGUCAUGUUUACAUUUCAAACUGGUUUUUAGCUGUUUUUUGGGGGCUUUCAGUUGUCAACAAUUUUUUUGCCCACUUACUUGUUGUCGAAGAAUUUAGAAGGUUUAUUUUUUUGCUCAGCUCCUCUCCAUCUAGUUCUUGUAACUUAACAGUCAAAAAUUUGACAAGGAAAUUGGAACGACAAAAUUUCUUAUUGCUGUUAGUUUCUUUGGGUUUUUUGGCUUGUCUAGAUCCGCAUGACUCCCCAGGUAGGAAAAAAAAUCAAAAUAACUUCAACAUUCUGUUUUUUUUGUAAAAGCUUUCAAAAAAGUGUAGUUUAUUUGCUCGAUAUUGUUCAAAAUUACUCACGGUUAUUUGACUCGACUCAUUAGUUUUGCCUAGGCACAGAGGUACUUUAUAAUUUUCGCAACAUAGCAUUAUAGUUUUAAAACUUUACCAAAGGUAGUUAAAGGUCCAGUAAAUGUUCUGAGAAUGGUUAUUUUUGUAUAUCCUUUCAACCUGCUCUAGUUCCUGGACUUCCUGUUGGAGGUUGAUAGUUUUUGUGGAUUUAAUUUCUCGUUAUUUAUUUUUACUUUCUUUCUUGAUUGUUUGACCUUUUUGUCAUCUUCAACGUUUUCUAUUGUUCACAGUUCUGAUUUGUGCUGUUGGAGCAAUCAAACAUAUAUUGAGCUUUUACUUAAAAAAACGUUUUGGUUUUCUCAUCUGUGUUGUAAAUUUUAUUCAUUCAGUAAUCUCAAAAAUAUUCAAUCAAUUCUACUUUUUCUGAAAGAAUUCUGUUGGAAGAAAUUUUGGUCGGAUUGGUAGAAAGUGUGUGACACCAUACUAUAAAAAGUUCAUUGAACUAAUUUUUACCUGUAGAGGUAGGUUUUGUUUCUCUCCUCCCCUUUAGCCAAACCAAAGUUUCUUUUUGGUCAGUAGAAUGGCUCUUAACAUUAAAUAAACAUGACUGUACUGAACAAAUUUUUGUGAAAAUAAUUUAUGACUGCUUUGUAAGCCAUGCUCAACUGAACGUUUUCGUUUGACAAAUCGUUAAAACAGUCCCUUUCUUUGAUUUUAAAAGUGGCAAAUUGCAACAGUGGCAAAAUGAUGAAGCCAUAUGUACUUGUUUUCAGGUAGUUUUGUUUGGAUUGACAUCUGUUCCGUGGGGCAUGCAGUUUUCAAUGUGUUUUCAUUUUAUGAAAACCAAUUUUUUUUUUUUCCAAGACACAUCAAAUUAUAUGUUAUCUUUGAAGUGCACUUAAACAUUUGACAAGCCUUCUUGUUUUGAAGCAGCACCAAAGUUUCAAGCGUGAGCUGUCUUGUUUCAAUUCAAUUUGAUUUUAGUUUGGUGUAGCAUGUCCAACCCUGUAAGAGGAAUGUUCAUUAAAUUUGAACAUGUAUUGUAAUGAUGCAGGGCCCUGGGACAAGUAGUUGACAUUCCAAAGUUCAUUCUAAAUUCCGAAAUUUUGCACAUACUUCUGCCACAGAAAAGAUAAUUAUCUGGAACAAUUUUCAUGUGAAUUUGGAAGUGUCAAAUAAAUAUUAUCAAAUGUA